AUGACCACUUUACUCUUGGUGUUUGUGACUCUGAGGGUCAUCGCAGCAGCCAUCUCAGUAGAAGUUUCAGAACCUGACAACUCGCUGAGUGUCAGCAUCCCCGAACCGUCCCCGCUGCGGGUCCUCCUGGGGAGCUCCCUCACCAUCCCCUGCUACUUCAUCGACCCCAUGCACCCCGUGACCACCGCCCCCUCCACCGCCCCCCUCGCCCCGAGAAUCAAGUGGAGCCGCAUUUCCAAGGAGAAGGAGGUGGUGCUGCUGGUGGCCACUGAAGGGCGGGUGCGGGUCAACAGCGCCUACCAAGACAAGGUCACGCUGCCCAACUACCCCGCCAUCCCCAGCGACGCCACCCUGGAAAUCCAGAACCUGCGCUCCAAUGACUCCGGGAUCUAUCGCUGCGAGGUGAUGCAUGGCAUCGAGGACAGCCAGGCCACCCUGGAGGUCGUGGUGAAAGGCAUCGUGUUCCAUUACAGAGCCAUCUCCACGCGCUACACCCUGGACUUUGACAGGGCGCAGCGGGCCUGCCUGCAGAACAGUGCCAUCAUUGCCACGCCCGAGCAGCUGCAGGCCGCCUAUGAGGACGGCUUCCACCAGUGCGACGCCGGCUGGCUGGCCGAUCAGACUGUCAGGUACCCCAUCCACACUCCAAGGGAAGGUUGCUAUGGAGACAAGGAUGAGUUUCCUGGUGUGAGAACCUAUGGCAUCCGUGAUACCAAUGAAACCUAUGAUGUGUACUGCUUCGCGGAGGAGAUGGAAGGCGAGGUCUUCUAUGCAACAUCCCCGGAGAAGUUCACCUUUCAGGAGGCAGCCAACGAGUGCCGGCGGCUGGGUGCCCGGCUGGCCACCACGGGCCAACUCUACCUGGCCUGGCAGGGCGGCAUGGACAUGUGCAGCGCCGGCUGGCUGGCUGACCGCAGCGUGCGAUACCCCAUCUCCAAGGCCCGGCCGAACUGCGGGGGCAACCUCCUGGGAGUGAGGACCGUCUACCUGCACGCCAAUCAGACGGGCUACCCUGACCCUUCAUCCCGCUAUGACGCCAUCUGCUACACAGGUGAAGACUUUGUAGACAUCCCAGAAAACUUUUUCGGGGUGGGUGGCGAGGAGGACAUCACCAUCCAGACGGUGACCUGGCCUGACGUGGAGCUGCCCCUGCCCCGAAACAUCACCGAGGGUGAAGCCCGAGGCAACGUGAUCCUCACGGCGAAGCCCGAAUUUGAAGUCUCUCCCACCGUCCCGGAACCCGAAGAGCCUUUCACGUUUGUCCCUGAAGUAAGGGCCACUGCAUUCCCCGCAGUGGAGAACAGGACUGGAGAGGCCACCCGGCCCUGGGCCUUUCCCGGAGAGUCCACGCCCGGUCUGGAAGCCCCCACGGCCUUCACCAGCGAGGACCUCGUCGUGCAGGUGACCUUAGCCCCAGGUGCAGCCGAGGUCCCUGGGCAGCCACGACUGCCAGGGGGAGUCGUGUUCCACUACCGCCCGGGCUCCUCCCGCUACUCGCUGACCUUUGAGGAGGCCAAGCAGGCCUGCCUGCGCACCGGGGCCGUCAUCGCCUCACCCGAACAGCUCCAGGCCGCCUAUGAAGCAGGCUAUGAGCAGUGUGACGCCGGCUGGCUGCAGGAUCAGACAGUCAGAUACCCCAUUGUGAGCCCGCGGACCCCCUGUGUGGGUGACAAGGACAGCAGCCCAGGGGUCAGGACCUACGGCGUGCGGCCACCAUCAGAAACCUACGAUGUCUACUGCUACGUGGACAGACUCGAGGGGGAGGUGUUCUUUGCCACACGCCUGGAGCAGUUCACCUUCCGGGAAGCCCAGGAGUUCUGUGAAUCCCAAAAUGCCACACUGGCCACCACGGGCCAGCUCUACGCUGCCUGGAGCCGCGGUCUGGACAAGUGCUACGCCGGCUGGCUGUCCGACGGCAGCCUCCGCUACCCCAUUGUCACCCCGAGGCCUGCCUGCGGCGGCGACAAACCAGGCGUGAGAACCGUCUACCUCUACCCCAACCAGACGGGCCUCCUGGAUCCGCUGUCCCGGCACCACGCCUUCUGCUUCCGAGGUGUUUCAGUGACGCCCUCUCCAGGAGAAGAGGAGGGUAGCACACCCACAGCAGGCCCUGACGUGGAGGAUUGGAUCGUGACCCAAGUGGGGCCUGGCGUGGCUGCUGUCCCCGUCGGGGAGGAGACGACUGCAACCCCAGGCUUCACCGUUGAGCCAGAAAACAAGACGGAAUGGGAACUUGCCUACACCCCAGCGGGCACUUUCCCAUUACCAGGGAUCCCUCCUACAUGGCCUCCCACUGGCGCAGCAACAGAGGAGCACACAGAAGGCCCUUCUGCAACGGAAGUGCCCUCAGCCUCAGAGAAGCCUUUCCCCUCAGAGGAACCAUUCCCCCCAGAGGAACCAUUCCCCUCAGAGAAGCCAUUCCCCCCAGAGGAACUGUUCCCCUCAGAGAAGCCAUUCCCCUCAGAGAAGCCGUUCCCCUCAGAGGAACCAUUCCCCUCAGAAAAACCCUCAGAGAAGCCAUUUCCCUCAGAGGAGCCAUUCCCCUCAGAGGAGCCAUCCACACUUUCAGCCCCAGUGCCCAGCAGGACUGAGCUGCCAAGCUCUGGGGAGGCAUCUGGGGUGCCCGAAGUCAGUGGUGACUUCACAGGCAGUGGAGAAAUUUCAGGACACCUAGACUUAAGUGGGCAGCCCUCAGGGGAAAGUGCAAGUGGACUGCCCUCUGAAGACCUUGACUCCAGUGGGCUCACCUCUACAGUGGGCUCAGGCCUGCCUGUGGAAAGUGGACUGCCUUCAGGGGAAGAAGAGAGAAUUACAUGGACCAGUGCUCCUAAAAUUGACAGGUUGCCCUCUGGGGGUGAGGGCCCAGAAGUUUCUGCUUCUGGAGUAGAGGACAUCAGUGGACUUCCUUCUGGAGGAGAAGGUCAUCUAGAGAUCUCUGCCUCUGGAGUAGAGGACCUAAGCAGACUUCCUUCUGGAGAAGGUCCAGAAAUCUCUGCCUCUGGAGUAGAGGACCUCAGUGGACUUCCUUCUGGAGGAGAGGUUCAUCUAGAGAUCUCGGCCUCUGGAGUAGAGGACCUAAGUAGACUUCCUUCUGGAGAAGGUCCAGAAAUCUCUGCCUCUGGAGUAGAGGACCUCAGUGGACUUCCUUCUGGAGAAGGUCCAGAAGUCUCUGUUUCUGGAGCAGAGGACCUCAGUGGACUUCCUUCUGGAGAAGGUCCAGAAGUCUCUGUUUCUGGAGCAGAGGACCUUAGUGGACUUCCUUCUGGAGAAGGUCCAGAAGUCUCUGUUUCUGGAGCAGAGGACCUCAGUGGACUUCCUUCUGGAGAAGGUCCAGAAGUCUCUGUUUCUGGAGCAGAGGACCUUAGUGGACUUCCUUCUGGAGAAGGUCCAGAAGUCUCUGCUUCUGGAGUAGAGGAUCUCAGCAGACUUCCUUCUGGAGAAGUUCCAGAAGUCUCUGCCUCUGGAGUAGAGGACUUCAGCAGACUUCCUUCUGGAGAAGGUCCAGAAAUCUCUGCCUCUGGAGUAGAGGACUUCAGCAGACUUCCUUCUGGAGAAGGUCCAGAAGUCUCUGCCUCUGGAGUAGAGGACCUCAGUAGACUUCCUUCUGGAGAAGGUCCAGAAGUCUCUGCCUCUGGAGUAGAGGACCUUGGUAUUCUUCCUUCUGGAGAAGGUCAUCUAGAGAUCUCUGCCUCUGGUGUAGAGGACCUCAGUAGACUUCCUUCUGGAGGAGAGGAUCAUCUAGAGACUUCUGCUUCUGGAGUAGGGGACCUUAGUGGACUUCCUUCUGGAAGGGAAGGUCUGGAGAUCUCUGCUUCUGGAGCUGGGGAUCUUAGUGGGUUGAUUUCUGGAAAAGAAGACUUGACUGAGUCAGCUUCUGGAGCCUUGGACCUUGGCAGAAUACCUUCUGUAACUCUAGGAAGUGGGCAGGCUCCAGAAGCAAGUGGUCUUCCUUCUGGAUUUAGUGGUGAGUAUUCUGGGGUGGACCUUGGAAGUGGCCCAUCAUCUGGCCUUCCUGACUUCAGUGGACUUCCAUCUGGGUUCCCAACUGUCUCCCUAGUGGAUACUACAUUGGUGGAAGUCGUCACAGCCACCACAGCAGGUGAACUAGAAGGAAGGGGAACCAUUGACAUCAGUGGUGCUGGAGAAACAUCUGGGCUGCCCUUCAGUGAGUUGGACAUUAGUGGAGGAGCAAGCGGACUCUCUUCAGGAGCUGAACUCAGUGGCCAAGCAUCUGGGUCGCCUGACAUCAGUGGGGAAACCUCUGGAUUCUUUGGUGUCAGUGGACAGCCCUCAGGGUUUCCUGACAUUAGUGGGGAAACUUCCGGGCUUCUUGAGCUUAGUGGACUGCCCUCUGGACAACCAGAAAUCAGUGGAGAAGCUUCUGGAAUUCUUUCUGGCCUUGGUCCACCAUUCGGCAUAACUGACCUGAGUGGAGAAGCACCUGGGAUCCCUGAUCUCAGUGGGCAACCAUCGGGUUUGCCAGAGUUCAGUGGGACAACAUCUGGGGUCCCUGACCUGGUUUCCAGUGCCAUGAGUGGCAGUGGUGAAUCUUCUGGCAUUACGUUCGUGGACACCAGUUUGGUUGAAGUGACCCCAACGACAUUUAAAGAAGAAGAAGGCUUAGGAUCUGUGGAACUCAGUGGCCUACCUUCAGGAGAGGCAGAUCUCUCAGGCACAUCUGGGCUAGUGGAUGUCAGUGGACUGUCUUCUGGAGCAAUUGACUCCAGUGGGUUUACGUCCCAGCCUCCAGAAUUCAGUGGCCUGCCAAGCGGAGUAACUGAGGUCAGUGGAGAAGCCUCCAGAGCUGAGAGUGGGAGCAGCCUGCCCUCCGGAGCAUAUGACAGCAGUGGACUUCCGUCUGGUUUCCCCACUGUCUCUUUUGUAGACAGGACUUUGGUGGAAUCUGUAACCCAGGCUCCAACUGCCCAAGAAGCAGGAGAAGGGCCUUCAGGCAUUCUGGAACUUAGUGGUGCCCCUUCUGGAGCACCAGACAUGUCUGGAGACCAUUUGGGAUCUUUGGACCAAAGUGGGCUUCAGUCUGGGCAAGUGGAGCCCAGUGGGGAGCCUGCAAGUACUCCAUAUUUUAGUGGGGACUUUUCUGGCACCACUGAUGUAAGUGGGGAAUCCUCGGCAGCCACGAGCACCAGUGGGGAGGCCUCCGGACUUCCAGAAGUUACGUUAAUCACAUCUGAGUUGGUGGAGGGUGUUACUGAACCAACUGUUUCCCAGGAACUGGGCCAGAGACCCCCCGUAACAUACACCCCCCAGCUUUUUGAAUCCAGUGGUGAAGCCUCUGCAUCUGGGGAUGUGCCAAGGUUCCCUGGAUCUGGGAUAGAAGCGUCUUCAGUCCCAGAAUCCAGCGGUGAGAUGUCGGCCUAUCCCAAGGCUGAGGUGGGAGCGUCUGCUGCCCCCGAGGCAAGCGGAGGAGCUUCUGGGUCCCCUGACCUGAGUGAAACCACCUCCACCUUCCAUGAAGCUGAUCUGGAGGGAGCCUCAGGCCUGGGAGCAAGUGGCAGCUCCUCAGCCUUUCCACAAGGCCCCACGGAGGGCUUGGCCACCCCGGAAGUGAGUGGAGAGUCAACCACCACCUUUGACGUGAGCGUAGAGGCAUCAGGCUCACCUUCCACCACUCCCCUGGCUUCUGGAGACAAGACUGACACCAGCGGAGACCUGUCUGGCCACACCUCAGGGCUGGAUAUUGUCAUCAGCACCACCAUCCCAGAAUCCGAGUGGACUCAGCAGACCCAGCGCCCUGCAGAGGCACGUCUAGAAAUCGAAUCCUCAAGCCCCGUGCACUCAGGAGAAGAGAGCCAAACAGCUGACACAGCCACCUCCCCAACUGAUGCUUCUAUCCCAACCUCUGCAGGAGGGACAGAUGAUUCAGAGACAACCACAACAGACCAGAAGCUGUGUGAGGAGGGCUGGACCAAGUUCCAGGGCCACUGUUACCGCCACUUCCCCGACCGGGCAACCUGGGUGGACGCCGAGAGCCAGUGCCGGAAGCAGCAAUCACACCUCAGCAGCAUCGUCACCCCAGAGGAGCAGGAGUUUGUCAACAACAAUGCCCAGGACUACCAGUGGAUCGGCCUGAAUGACAAGACCAUCGAAGGGGACUUCCGCUGGUCAGAUGGACACUCCUUGCAAUUUGAGAACUGGCGCCCCAACCAGCCUGACAACUUCUUUGCCACUGGGGAGGACUGCGUGGUGAUGAUCUGGCAUGAGAAGGGCGAGUGGAACGAUGUCCCAUGCAAUUACCAGCUGCCCUUCACCUGUAAAAAGGGCACAGCUGCCACCUACAAGCGCAAACUACAGAAGCGGAGCUCACAGCCCCUGAGGAGGAGCCGCCCCAGCACGGCCCACUGAGAGGAGCUUCCCAGACGUGCCCAGGACGCUGAGCCCAGAAGCCUGGCCAGGCUGACACCCCAUCCGGAUGGUGUCCUCUCCUUGUCGCUUUCUGUCAUAUAAGGAAUUCCAUUAAAGAAGAAAAAAAAAUAAACCCCACAUUGUGUAUGCACCCGCCCACCCCCCCCCAAAUCGCCAAAUCUGCAUCUAAUUUUCCCCCCAAAUGCCAAAGCAAAGCAAACAUAUGGUAACCCGUGGACUGGAGUUUAGAGACGUUCCUUCCAUCUCCCGCUGUGCCUUUCCAGGGACCAGCACAGGACAGGGGGAGAAGGGAAGGGGUUAAGUUAAAUAAAGAAGAUUAUUUUUUGUUUCCUGACUUUAUCCAAGAGCAGUGCAAUCGUUGGUUCUUUCACCUCCAGGGAGAGCUAGGGAGGAGGGAGGAGGGGCAGAGAGACCCGAGGGCUGAAGAACUCUGGAACCGCAGCUGAAUGUAUUGGAUAAGAUGGAGUUCAUCUGUGUCGGGGAGAAGCCCAGGGGAGAGGGGGCGGCUUCCAACCCACUGGGAGAGCGAGCCAUCAAGGGAUCUUCGAAGCAUGGGGGUCGGGUUCCCUCCAAGGGUCCCUCCUCCAGAGUCCUCUCACCUGGGUCUGCCACCCCAGCAGGUGUCCAUCUCGGCAGGGCUGGGUCGGGGGGCACUUCCUUCCUGGUGGGAGUGUCACCCACCCCUCCCCCCACCUUUCCCCACCCCCGGGACCGUGCAGGCACCAGGG